AGACGAUAUAUCUGAAACUAAAGAAAUAUUGGAAAAAGUGACACCUGCGAUUGACGUUGGAAAUUUUAAAUGUUAUUAUAUAAACAAUUGUAUUAAUUGUAGAGAAGCUCCUUCCAAACUCAAGCUCGAUAAUCUGGAAAACGGCGAUUUUCGACGAUUAAA